AUGAUUUGUGCAGGAGACGACGACGAAGACCCUUUCCCAGUAGAAGAUUGUUUGUUUGCGGAAACAUUUUCACAAGACACCGCGUUCACUUUAUUCGGCCAGGAGCUGAGGAUCCAACAGGUGUUCGGCGGCAACCUCGGCGUGGCCGCCGCGGUGUGGGAAGCUGCGUUACACCUGUGCAGUUACCUGGAGGAGCGGUCGGUGGAGGUGAGAGGACGGCGCGUCAUAGAGCUGGGGGCGGGCACCGGUGUGGUCGGUAUCUUGGCUGCACGCCUCGGUGCAGUCGUGACGCUCACAGAUCUUCCUUUGACUCUCCCGCAACUUGAGGCCAACGUCUCUGCUAACACGCCAUCCAGUGGUUGGCCUGCCACCCUUCCCACCGUCCUCCCUCUGUCCUGGGGUCAGGACCACAUGAACUUCCCUUCUGACUGGGAUCUGGUGCUCUGUGCAGAUAUAAUUUACCUCCCGGAGACUUACCCGCUGCUGGUGAGGACACUGGCUCAUCUGUGCAAGAACACGGCCGUGGUAUAUCUAUCGUCCAAAAUGAGGAAAGAGCACGAGACGCCACGUUUCUUUGAAGAAUGUUUGCCGAGCAGAUUUAAUGUGGAGCUUGUACAUCUUGAUGGCAGUCAAAAUAUUAAUAUCUACAGGGCAUCUCUGAGGAAAGACCUGUCACAGGACUUGGAUUAGUUACAGCACCAAUUAUGGCUCUUUGGGCCACCUUUUUUAAAGAAAUGUAUUAAUCAAAUAAAACAACUCAACAACUUAAAUAAAGAUGGUUAAAAAAAACUAUUCAGGAACAGUUAUCUUAGAGAGGAAAGGAAGCAUGAUACCAUAGAAAAUAUGAUUGGUAUUUAGUAUUUCAACCCUAAAUAAAACAUUUAGAGAAAUGAUUCUAAUCCUAAAUAAUAUGAAUGCUUAAGUAGAUAAUCCAAUAUCCUGUUGAUGUUUUCUACUGGCAUGGCUUCGAGGUAGAUUUUGGUUAUGUUUUACUUCAUUUAAAUAUAAAAUAUGUAUAGUUUAGUUGGAAUAAAGAAAUGCAAAUGGUGUAUAGUUUGUUGCUGAUGCUCAUCUUCCCUUCUUCUCCAGUCCACUUGUCUCUGAGUCAGAACCAGGACACCAUGUGCAAUAUGGCGACUGAAACAAUGAACGCUAUAAAAUGUAGAGAUUACAUGAAUAGAAAUUGCUAAAUUCAUUUCCAGCUUGGGUUUUUACAUUUUGUGGCUUCUCUGUCUUUAGUUGAGGUAAAUAUUUGGUUUUAGUGCUAACAUCUGGACUUUGGACGGACUGGGACUUUAGACAGAAGUCAAUAAACACGCCUCACUUUCCAGAGGCCUGGUUGGUUGUUGGUGGAGUCACCCUGGCUAUAUAGGAGGGAGAAGACUGGAUUCUAUUUCAUUGCUCUCUGGCUUCCUGGUAUUCAGAGCGUGAAUUUAGGUACGUCUGAGCUUUGUUUGAGUCUCAAGGUUCUAGUUGAAAACAUGGGCUCUCAAAUCUCCUGUGAUGACAACUGUGUUCUCAAUAUUUAUGAAAGUGCCUUACAGCAAACAUGUGUCAUCCCAGAUGUAGGCCUAGAUCUGUCUCUGCUGAAGUAUUCUGGUUUGAACUCCAACGCUGAGCUGCAGGCCUACUCCAAUGAUCUGGUAAAACAGGUUCCAGACUUCGUUGAGAAGUUGGGAUCUCAGUUGGCUGGGUUCACUCAAAUCGGAAAUGCUGUUGGACUCGGAGCAUUGAUUAUUUCCAUAAUAAUCAAUUUAGCUGGGAGCCACUCUGCAACUGAUGAUUCAUACAGCAAGUUCCUGCAAGCAUUUGGUGAAGAGAAGGCCUCAGCAGUCCGGGACACAGUGUCGGAGUAUGUGAAGCGCCAUCGGAUGUACCUGAAUGAUAACCGAAACCUACAGGAUCAACUACAGAGGCUGGAGACACAGCUAAGCAACCAUCUCACCAUCCUGAGAAACUCCCUGCUGCUUGACGGACAGAUGAGGAGCCGUGGGUUCAAGAUCUGGCAAAAUGGAGCCUCCUUCCACGUCCAGAUGUUGAUCCAUGAGGCUCGACUGAAUAAGAUAACUGGCAUCAGUUCAAAGGACUUUGUUCAUAUCACCCAAGCUGCCCUCACUACGUAUCUACACGACCUGGAUCAGCUGAUGGAGAAAUACAGGGAACGCAUUGACAGCCAUAUUCAAAUAACUAGCGAUGUUGGUACAUACUUUACUGGUGUAGCCGAAGGUCCAACUUAUGUCAGAAAUAAUAUCAUGAACUGUCAAGUAUAUGUAGCUGAGGAAGACAAAUGCUGCCGUUACAAUUCGUUUAACCUUAAAUAUAUGAAUCAUCUUUUCUCAAAAUAUCAACCACUGACAGAAUUAAAGAGUCAGUUUUCAAACAUCAAGAACAAUCUAAACAAUCACAUCAACCAAAAUGAUUCAUUCACUCUGCCAUUGGCCCGUAAGUAAGUUUGUGACUUUGGUGAUAUUGUGAGGUUUUUAAGUCUUACAAUUAACAGAAGAGCAUGUUGUCAGUGGCUGAAUUUGUAGUGUUUUAUAUCUAAAAUCACAUGUGAUAUUAUUAACACACAAUAAACGCAGAAAGAAACUUGA